AUGGACGGCUCCGGCAGCUCCCUGUCGCCCGAGGCAGUCGCCCUCGCCGCGCGCAUGUUCGACUCGGCGCGCAGCGGCGACAUGCCCAUCUUCGAGCAGGCCCUGCCCGCGGGUCUGCCGCCCAACAUGACCAACGACAAGGGCGACACCCUGCUCAUGCUCGCUGCUUACCACGGCCACGCGGACCUCGUCCGGCUCCUCGUCCAGCACGGCGCGGACCCGAACCGCCUCAACGACCGGGGUCAGAGUCCCCUGGCCGGCGCCGUCUUUAAGAAGGAAGACGAUGUCAUCGAGGCUCUGCUCGAAGGUGGCGCGGACCCCGACUACGGCAACCCCAGCGCGCUGCAGUGCGUCGCCAUGUUCAAGCAGGAGGAGCGCUGGCAGGCCAAGUUCGAGAGCGCGCCGGGAAGGGGAAAGGCGCAGCCGCCGGGCGCUGCGUCCAAGGCGUAG